GAGGUGGAUCCACCAGCUCAGAUCAGUCACUGCCUGUUCCUGCAGGAGAACUAACACAGAGACUCAUCAAGACCAGAGACGCCUCAAGACCAGAGACUCGUCAAGACCAGAGACUUGUCAAUAUCAGAGACUCGUCAAGAUCAGAGACUCAGAGUCCUCAGACUCAUGAGUGAAGGACGCCACCAUGCCGAAGAAUUCCCACAAGUCCAAGUUUUUCGCGUCUGUCUUCAUCGUUCUGGUCAUCUCCAUCAUCACCGCCAUCAUCACAAUGGUCAUUUUUUACCAAAUCCAGACCUCAACCAUGAACCCGACGCCCCGUCCAACCUUCCCACCAACCACCUCAGUGCCACCACUCGCCACGCGGCUGCCAAGGAGCAUCGUACCCGAGCGUUACCAGGUCUCCCUCAAAACACACUUCUACAACCAAAUCAUGGAGCCGGAGAACGUCACCGCUUCCAACCAGACGACGUUCUUCACGGGAAACUCCACCGUUUACUUUGAAUGUGUCCAGGCCACCAGCACCGUCCACCUGCACAUCCGCGAGCUGACAGUGUGGGGCGCUGUGGUGAAGAAUAUAAACACCAAGGAGACCAUCGAGUGCAGCACAAGUUACGAUGAAGAGCUGAGUGAGUUUCUGGAGAUCCAGCUGAGUGAGGAGUUAAAGGUGGGAGAAAACUACAGUUUGUUUCUCAAGUUUGAAGGCUUCAUGUCAUAUCUGGAAGGCUUUUACCUGAGCAUGUACAACCACAGAGGCGCCGCCCACCACAGGGAUUCCAACACUGAAAGAUUCAUCGCCGCCACUCAAAUGGAGCCGACGUUUGCCCGACACGUGUUUCCUUGUCUGGAUGAACCGGACCUGAAGGCUGUGUUUGAAGUGACCAUCAUCCACAGAAAUGACACCAUGGCUCUGGGAAACAACAGAAUGAAGACAGAUUUCAUAGAUGGAGAGUGGAAAUACACGAUCUUUGAACCCACGCCCAGGAUGUCCACGUACCUGUUUGCCUUCGUCGUGUCCGACUUUACGGCCACUGAAUCGUCACAUGACUCUGUCACAAUAAGAACGUUUGCUCGUCCUGAGGCCACUGCAGCGGGACACGCCCACUACGCCGCCAACAUCACAGGAAAGAUUCUCUCCUUCUACGAGGAAUAUUUUCAGAUCGAUUACUCUUUACCAAAGCUGGACCAGGUGGCCCUGCCAGACUUAGAUCCUGGUGGGAUGGAGAACUGGGGACUGGUGACGUAUCAGGAAAGAGCAGUGCUCUACGAGGAAGGCGUGUCCUCACUGUUGCUCAAGGAAAAUAUUGCCGACAUCAUCGCACAUGAACUGGCUCAUCAGUGGUUUGGAAAUCUGGUGACCAUGAAAUGGUGGAAUGAACUUUGGCUGAAGGAGGGAUUUUCUACCUACAUGUCCAACUUAGCGGUGGAUGACGUGGAACCUUCCUUCAGAGCAGGCGAGAUGAACCUCAUCCAUGCCUUGGAAGCGGCGUUCAUGGCGGACGCUCUGGCCUCGUCUCGUCCUCUCGUCCCUCCUCAGGACCAGGUCCAGACUGCAGAUGAGAUCCAGCAGAUGUAUGACGUAAUCACCUACCAAAAGGGGGCGCUGGUGCUGAGAAUGCUCGCUGACAUCGUGGGAGAAAGAGAUUUCAAAAAAGGGAUCAACAUGUACCUGGAAGACUUUCGUUGCAAAAGCGCCGACCAGAAUGACCUGUGGAGAACCAUCCAACAGGUGUUGCCUGAGAACACUGGCAUUGACAUUGCUAUGGUGAUGGACACGUGGACCAAACAAAGUGGUUUUCCUGUCAUCACCAUCAACACCACCACUGGAGAAUUUUACCAGAAGCGCUUCCUCUACAAUGACUCCUCCCAAUCCAAUGUUUGGUGGUCUGUCCACAUCACGUCCAUGUCCAAUUCCUCUGUGUUUCGUCCUUUUUUGUUGGAGACCAGUGACAAAGUGAGAAAAGAAGAAUUCAUUUCCAAGAACGGAGAGUGGAUCCUGGCCAACAUCAACUGCACAGGAUUCUACAGAGUUAAUUACAACCUGGAGAACUGGCACUUCCUCCUGACUCAGCUGGAAACUGAGCCACAACGGAUCCCACUGAUGAACAGAUGGCAGCUUGUCGAUGACGCCUUUAAUUUGGCGAGGGCUAAACUUGUUAACGUGACUCUGGCUCUGAAUUCAACGCGUUUUCUUCGAAACGAGACAUCGCUUCUUCCCUGGAAGACGGCCAUGAGCAACCUGGACUACUUUGUCCACAUGUUUGACCGUUCUGAGGUGUACGGACCCAUGCAGGCGUACCUCCGUCAACAGGUCACAGGCCUGUACAACUUCUUCAGAAACGACACCGACCACUCGCGAGUUCCUGAAGACCAUUCGUUACAACAUCUCCAGAUGUUGGCCGUAAAGGUGGCGUGUUCUAACGGACUCCCAGAAUGUGUAACCAUGGCAACAAAGAUGUUUGCUGAGUGGAUGAACAACAACACCAACAACAUCCACACGAACCUGCGCUCUGAGAUCUACUGCCACGCUGUGGCCGCUGGUGGUAAAGCGGAGUGGGAGUUUGCCUGGCAGAGGUUUGAGAGUUCUGAAGACACGUCAGAGAAAGAGCAGCUGCGUCAGGCUCUGUCCUGCACCAAGAAGAUCUGGCUGCUCAACAGAUACCUGGAGUACACGUUAAACCCGGACAAAAUCCGUUGGAUGGACGUUGAUUACACGAUAUUCCUCGUGUCCAGGAACGUGGUGGGGCAGGCGCUGGCCUGGAACUUCAUCAGAGCAAACUGGGAAUAUGUUUCAGAGGGAAACCCAGCAUUGCUGGUGGUGGGCGUGGCCAGCAGGUUCUCCACACAGUUUGAACUGGAGGAGCUGCAGCGUUUUGCCAGUGACUACGAGCUGAUGUCGGCCACCAGGGCGGCGGAGCAGAGCAUCGAGCAAACGCAAGUCAACAUCCAGUGGGUGAACGACAACAAAGACAUCGUACACCAGUGGUUUGAUCGAGAAAUGGCUUCACGAAGCUAACGUCAACGACGUUGACAACGUUAUUCACUGGUUUUAACUCAUCAUACCCUGAGUUCACAACUCAAAAUGGCCGCUCUGAGCAUCAACACACACACACACACAACAUUACGAUGACUAACAUUAACUAUGAUAUAAAUGUGUUUAAUUUUCAGGGCUGAAAACAACAAUCUGCUGAUACCGGAUAUAUACACAUAUAUAUAUAUAUAUAUACCAGGGGUCGCGUUAACCGAAUAUUUUCCGUCAUAGAUCGUUUUUUUAAAACGGUGACGGAAAAAUCUGAGAGCCAUCCGUCAUUUUGACAGAUUGCAAUUCACACCCCUAAAAACUAUGUUGAUAAAAGAGGUGAAAAAAGAGGGAUGGAUGCAGAUGAAGGACAAACUCAGCCCUUGGCCUCAGCGGGUUCAGUGGGAGCGGGAGUUCUCCUGGCUGAGGAGGGCGGAUAGAAAAAUGUUGUGCGACAAAAUAAAGAUUCCCAUCGGAGAAUCUGAGCAUAAUUUCUGACCUGGACACCGUACUCAAUGCAUCAUGCUAUCCUUGUAGUGCUGACAGCGUGUUAAAGAGCUAUGGACAGGAGGCUUUGGAGCGCGUCUGUGACCGGUGCAGCUGAUCCACUGGUGCAGAAGGAGCGCAUGUUGCGGGAUUUCCUACCACGCGCAACUACGCGCAAGCAGGCACGCGAUUUAAGUCCAUGUGGACCAGGAGGAAGGUGUGAGACUGUGCGUUUAGGCCACAGGUGAACUGUUCAUAUUCCACUGCAAUAUGAACAAUGCAAUUGAAUAUGUCAUUAUUAUCAUUUAAAGUGACCUGUAAAAAUUGAUUAUGACGGGAUUUUUAUGACCCUGUCAGUCAAAAACGAAAAAGUCUAGCGCAACCUCUGAUAUAUACAUAUAUAUCUAUAUAUAUAUAUAGAUAUAUAUACAUGUGUAUAUAUAUAUAUAUAUACACGUAUAUAUAUAUAUAGAUAUAUAUGUAUAUCAUAUAUAUUUAUAGAUAGAGGCACAAUAGACACAUUAGCAUAUAUUGCAACAUAUUAAAAACUAUAAGCAAAGUGUUUUUUUCUAUUUGAAUGAAAUUAGUAAAAUAACAAAGUUACCUGAAGAAAUAAUAUGGACAUUUUUCCAGUAAAAGGACAGAUGAGGAGUCACAUGAGCGUGUCAUGUGGUGAGAUCUGGUGUCAUCUAGUGGUCAGAAGUAGUACCACAGUGCAGAGAUGUUUUCUUGCUGGUUUCAAAGUUUUUUAUAAAAAUUCACUUGAUGAUUGAGUGGAAAUUUUAAUGUUUUUUUCAUGUUUUUUCAGUGCUGAUUUCACCUUUUUACACACAAAAUGUACAAAUGAACCUUUGUAUGUUAUUUUAAUUAAUAAAAAUGAGGAUGUCACUGUGA